AAGUUCACAAUGGUGACUGUGCCACAACACGAUAAUAUUUUUCUCUUCGUACCAAAUUUGAUUGGGUAUGCCCGUAUUGUGUUGGCUUUAAUAGCAUUUUGGUGCAUGUCCACCAAUUAUGUGGUUGCCGGUUGGUGUUAUGCAAUAAGCGCCCUACUGGAUGCAGUGGAUGGUCAUGCAGCUCGAGCAUUUAAUCAGAGCACACGUUUUGGUGCCAUGUUGGAUCAGCUUACUGAUCGUUGCGGUACCAUGGGCUUGAUGGUGACCCUCAGUUUAUUCUAUCCAGAAUAUAUGUUUUGGUUCCAGCUGUCCAUGGCCAUUGAUGUUGCCUGCCAUUGGUUAUACAUGCAAACGAGUGUUGUUGUUGGCAAAACCUCACACAAAGCCACCGAUCUCAGUGAAAAUAUUGUUAUGCGUAUUUAUUACAAAAAGGAUGUUUUGACUUUUAUGUGCUGCGUCAAUGAAGCAUUUUACAUAAGUCUCUAUGUAUUGCAUUUUACCACUGGACCAAUGAUUUUUGGUAUGUCAUUGUUCAAAAUGGUCGCUGUCCUUACAGGCCCCUUAGCUGUAUUGAAAGCUCUAAUCAGCUGCAUGCAUGCCUAUGUGGCCAGCAUAGAUUUGGCUGGCGUUGAUAAACGAGAACGUUUAGAGAAACGUGCCAAAGAAGCCAGCAAACGUUCAGAAUAAAGCGGCCAAAAAAAUAUGCUGUUUACAGUUUUCCUUAUUAGUUUU